CAGCUUGACGUUUCGAUCCCACAAUAAAGCAAUCUUAUAGAAACCGAAUUAAAUUCAUUAUUUUCCUACACAGUUCACUAUUUUGAGAUCACAUGCUAAGAAAGCUCAAGUGUUAUAGUUCGUUUUACUAAAAUGGACGCGUCAAGCACUGGCACUAGCUCGCCAGGUUUGAUGGCAGCGCCGCCGCUCUUGCCGCCGCCGAUGUUAGGCGGGCUAGCGCCCCCGAUGCCGCCGCAAGUGGCGAUGCCACCGGUGCCGGGGAUAACUCCAACGAUGGCUGCGAUGCCUCCACCUAUGGGUUUUCCACCUAUGAUACCUCCGUUCUCGAUGCCUCCACCGGGGUUUCCACCAUUUAAACCCGAUCUAACUGCUCCAGCACCAGAAAUUGCUCCGAUCUCAAACCACACCAGUCCCUGGUCAGAGCACAAGGCUCCUGAUGGCAGAACAUAUUACUACAAUUCUGUGUCUAAGCAGAGUCUCUGGGAAAAGCCGGAUGAUCUCAAAACUCCUGCUGAGAAACUGCUUUCCGCCUGUGUGUGGAAAGAGUAUACAACAGAUGCUGGUCGGCUGUACUACCACAACAUUGAGACCAAAGAAUCUAGUUGGGUGGUGCCUGCCGAGCUGCAGGAGAUUAAAGAUAAGAUUGCUGCAGAGGAAGCUGCUCAAGCAGCUUUGAAUGGAGACCUGCCUCCUGGAGAGGUUCCCCUGCCAGGGUCUCCAGCGGUGCCCAGCACUGGCAGCUCGGCCCUUGAUGAAGCCAUGGCCAAGACCCUAGCGGCUAUAGACCCCUCUAUUGUUGGCUCUAUACCUAUACCAGAUGACAUUGAGCCAGAAGAUGUAGCGUCACCAGCUCAGGCCCCUGGGGAAGCAGCCGACGCCGUGGCUGAACCGCAGUACAAGGAUAAAAAAGAAGCUAUUGAGGCUUUCAAAGAACUGCUCAAAGAUAAAAAUAUUUCAUCAAACGCUACAUGGGAACAAUGCGUGAAAAUUAUAUCAAAAGACCCGCGGUAUGCAAUAUUUAAAAAACUCAAUGAGAAAAAACAAGCUUUUAAUGCAUACAAAACACAGAAGAUCAAAGACGAGAGGGAAGAAUUAAGGUUAAAAACAAAGAAAAAUCGCGAAAAUCUUGAAGAAUUCUUGCUGACUUGUGACCGUGUGACGUCCAUGACAAAGUAUUACAAAUGCGAUGACAUGUUUAGCAACCUAGAGAUAUGGCGAUGUGUACCAGAGUCAGAUCGUAGAGAUAUUUUUGAAGACUGCAUAUUUACGAUAGCAAAACGCGAGAAAGAGGAAGCUAAGGCAUUGAAGAAACGAAACAUGAAAAUGUUGGCACAGGUUUUGGAGAACAUGAACGAGAUCACAUACAGCAGCACGUGGAGCGAGGCGCAGGUGCUUCUGCUAGAGAACUCCGCCUUCAAGAACGAUGUCAGUCUGCUCGGCAUGGACAAGGAGGACGCGCUCAUAGUUUUUGAACAGCACAUAAAGAACAUGGAAGCCGAAUAUUUGCAAGAAAAAGAACAGCUCAAAAAGAGAAACAAACGGCAGCAGAGGAAAAACAGGGAUAACUUUUUGGCCUUGCUGGACGGUUUACACGAAGAGGGCAAGCUGACGUCCAUGUCGCUGUGGGUGGAGCUGUACCCCGUCAUAUCGGCUGACAUGCGCUUCUCUGCCAUGCUAGGUCAAACAGGCUCAACCCCACUAGACCUAUUCAAGUUCUACGUGGAGAACCUAAAGGCGCGCUUCCACGACGAGAAGAAGGUCAUCAAGGAAAUCCUCAAGGAGAAGCAGUUCGAAGUGAAGCCGGACACCAGCUUCGAGGAGUUCGCCACCGUGGUGUGCGAGGACAGCAAGUCUGCCGCCUUGGACGCCGGCAAUGUCAAGCUCACCUACAACUCGUUGCUAGAGAAGGCCGAAGCAAGAAACAAAGAGAAGAUGAAAGAAGAAUCCAAGGCUCAAAAGAAGCUAGACAGCGCGUUCAAAUGGGCACUGAGCGAAGCCAACGUGGACCACCAGCUGCCGUGGAGCGAGGUCCAGGAGAAACUGGACCUGGAGGCGCCGGAGUUCGCCGCCGUGCCUUGUGAAGAGGACCGCCUUAGGAUAUACAAGGACUUCCAACACGAGCAGGAGGAGAGCUGCAUGCACUAUCACCACCCAAAGCCGCGGAAGGCCAAGCGCUCCAAGAAAAAGAAGCGUUCACACUCACAAUCUCUGUCGCCGUCCAGGUCGCGGUCGGGCACGCCGGCGCCGGCGCCGCGCUCGGCGUCCCCGGGCGCCGCGAGCGCCGCCUCCUGGACCUCGGAGGAGCGCAAACACAAGAAGUCCAAGAAGAAGCACAAGAAACCGCGCGACGAGCCCGCGCCCCGUUCAGCGUCACCAGAGGAAGGCGGUAUUUCGGACUCUUCGCCGCCGCCGCCGCAAAAGAAGAAAAAGAGCAAACGCAGCGCGCCCGCCUCCCCCGCCGCCGACUCCGACCACGCCUACAAGCCCAAGAAGAAGAAAGAGAAACGCGACAAGAAGGACAAGGACAGAGCGGCGUCGGCGUCGGCGCCGGCGUGGAGCGACGCGGACCUGGAGUCGCGGCGCGCGGCGCUGCUGGCGCAGCUGCACGAGCACGAGGCGGACUGACGCAGCGUCACGCACGUGCGCAUCUACAACGCCUACCCGCGCCCGCA